UCUCGCUGUUUAUUUAUAAGUAUCAGUCUUGUGUAAUUGUACAUGUCACCAAGCCCACACUAAAACCACGCAACAUUCUAAUCUCAUGGAGAGAAACCUUUCCCUUUGCUUUGUCUUAGUUUUCUUAGUUCCUUUUUCAACACUUUCCUUUGUUAAUGCGGAAGUAACCAACAUUUCCACAGACAAACAAGCUCUUCUUGCUCUGAAAGCUAGUAUAAGCGAUGAUCCUAGCAAUAUAUUGGCCAACAAUUGGUCCACAACUACCUCUGUUUGUAGUUGGACUGGCAUCACUUGUGCGGGUCGUCACCAUAGAGUCACAGCUUUGAAUAUUUCUAACAUGGGUCUCACAGGUACCCUUCCUCCUCAACUAGGAAAUCUAUCUUUCCUUGCAACACUGGCCAUCUGGAACAACAGCUUUUAUGGCUCUCUCCCUGAGGAGUUGGCUCACUUACGACGAUUGAAACACCUUCGUUUCAAUUAUAAUAGAUUAUCUGGCAAAUUACCAUCCACUUUAUCAAAAUGCAAAAAAUUGCAGGUCUUAUCCCUGAGUUUCAAUUAUUUCACAGGAGUCAUUCCAAAAGAAAUCGGAAACUUGACCCAGCUUAAGUGGAUGUAUCUUGGCAAUAAUAAACUCCAAGGAGGAAUUCCAAAAGAGCUAGGCAAUCUUGCAGAACUGGAGACAUUGUCACUCAAAAAUAAUUCCUUAAUGGGAGCUAUUCCUUCACUCAUCUUCAACCUUUCUUCUUUAAUUUUCAUGGACUUAUCAAAUAAUAGCCUAACCGAUGGACUCCCUGAAAGCAGUUUUGAUAAUCUUUCCAAUUUGGAAUCGCUUCACUUGCAUGAUAAUAUGCUCCAUGGCAAAUUACCAUCCACUUUAUCAAAAUGCAAAAAAUUACAAGUCUUAUUCCUGAGUUUCAAUUAUUUCACAGGAGUCAUUCCAAAAGAAAUCGGAAACUUGACCCAGCUUAAGCGGAUGUAUCUUGACAAUAAUAAACUCCAAGGAGCCAUACCAAAAGAAAUCGGAAACUUGACUCGUCUUGAGCAAUUAGAUCUUAUGCACAAUAAACUCCAAGGUGAGAUACCAUGUGAAAUUGGUAAUCUUCAUAAUCUACAAAGUUUGGACCUUAGUCUUAACAACUUAGUUGGUUUGGUCCCAACAACUGUCUUCAAUAUCUCAACAAUGGCACAACUUGGAGUUGCUGGAAAUAAACUCAGAGGAAUGAUUCUUCCAUCAAACAUUGAGCUUCCAAAUCUCGAGUUUCUUUACUUGGGUUUAAAUGAUUUUAGUGGACAUUUCCCAACUCUAUCACCAACUUAUCCAAGCUCUCCGAUCUAGAUAUUUCAACCAACACAUUCUCAGGUUUCAUUCCUAUUACAAUUGGCAAUUUAAGAAAUCUUGAGUGGCUUAACCUAGCGGAUAAUUUCUUGACAUCUUCUACACCAAAUUUGAGCUUUCUUUCCUCUUUGACAAAUUGCAAGAAUUUAAAAACUCUUGCAGUAGAAAGAAAUCUGUUGAAUGGCAUCCUUUCGAAUUCCAUAGGGAAUCUCUCUAUUUCUUUGGAAAAUGUUUACAUGAGUGAUUGCAAUAUUAGUGGCAGCAUUCCCAAAGAAAUCAAAAACUUAAACAACUUGAUAGAUAUAAGGUUACAAAACAAUGAAUUGAUUGGGUCUAUCCCAGUUACACUUGGUGGACUACAGAAACUCCAAGGUUUGAACCUUGGAAAUAAUAAAUUAGAAGGAUCCAUCCCGGAUCAUCUUUGUCAUUUGAACAAAUUAGUUGACUUGCAACUAGAU